ACACUGCUAUUAAUAAGCGCAUUUAAAAACAUUACAUUACAUUUAUUUUUGUAGUGCAAUUAACAAAAGUGGGCUCGCCUGUUGUUUAAGCCGAAGGCACGUUCGAGUCAGUGAAACGUGGGCGUGCCAUACUAGCAUAGUUUUUAGCCUAGAAAUCCAAUAGACAAGUGCAAAUUGGCGAAGAAAAACUGCGAUUCAUUCUCGGGUCAACAUUUGUGACUGCAGUUGCGUGUGUGCGUGUGUGCGUGUGUGUCGAGUCGCGUGCGUGUGUGUGCGAGGAGCGUUGCCUGUGUGUGAGUGACGACAUUGGCAGCGGCAGCGGCAGCGGCAGAGCCUCCUCCUGCGCCUCCUCCCACCACUCCUUACAGCGCACAAGGAAAAAUGAAAAUGUGCCAUGAAAACGCUGUUGUUGUGGGUGUGGGUGUAGCCGAGGAAAACUAAAGGACACAGCGAAGAAGAAGAAGAAGAAGAAGGAGAAGAAGACUCAAGCGAAGGACUUGAAAAAUGUUUAACCGUCAGGGCAGUGGCACAACAUCCACCGGACAGGCACUGGGCACAGGCUUAGGCUUAGGGUCAGGCACUGGCUCUGCCUCUGGCCCGGGACCAUCACAUGCCCAUGUCUCGGGUUCUGGCUCGGGCUCUGGCAGCACAGCCGCUAACGCCACACCCUCACCCUCACCCGAUCUCUAUCUGCGUCCAUUGCCCUAUUUGGAUGCGAAAUGGCUGCGCGCCGAUCUCAUUUCGUCCCUGCGCAACGCCUCCGAGGGCGCAGUGCUGUGGAAUCACUUGAUCCAGGACUGUGAACUGGUCUCCUCGCCCUCGGCCCCCCUGGUGAAUGCACGCGGCCAACUGUCGUACCUGGGCGACGAUGGCAAACACUACUGCGGCGCCCAGCAACUGAAGUGCUCCUGCUGCCAGCCGGAGUACUGCGGCCCCCUGUCCGCCUGCAACUGCGACAGCUGCCGGCCCCUGGACUCGGACACGGCCAUCAAGAAGCUGACAUCAGCCGCCGCCCAGCAGGCAGCCGCCCAUGGCAGCCAGGCCACCGAUCUGAUACUCAGCAGCUGGCUCUGGAGCCAGCCACCAUCGCUGGCGGCCAAGCAGGACUGCCAGCGCACACUGAUCGCCGAGCUGCAGGAGCUGGCACUGCGCGCAGCCGGCAACUGCCUCUCCGCGCAGCAUCUGCGGCAGCAGCUCUUCAUCUACGAACGCUACUACGUGGCCCUGAAGCGGCAUCGCCAGCAGACCAGUAGCCAAGCAGCAGCCACAACCACAACGACGACAACAACGAUCCAAGCAGCUGGUGGAGCUGCUGCUGCUGCUGCUGCUGGCAGCUUGGAUGUGCCCAUGUUGGAUCCAACCAGCCAGGAGGCGGAACAGCCGGCUCAUGCCGCAUUGGGACUGGCACGAGUGGCCACUCGAGCAGCGCUCAACUUUAGUUUCGCGUUCCUGCGUCGCGCCUGGCGCUCGGGCGAGGACACGGAGAUGUGCAGCGAGCUGUUGAGCGAGGCGCUGGAGUCGCUGCAGGAGCUGCCCGAGGCGACGCUGUUCGAGGCGGCCGAGGUGUCGCCGCUGUGGCUGGAGGUGAUGGAGCGUUCCAUCAAGUUCCUGCGCCUGGUGGCGCUCGGGGAUCCGAUGGGUGGGCGCUGCACAGCGCCGCUCAACGAUCGCCACACGGCGCUCUGUCUGCUGCUGGAGCUGGGCGUGCAGAAGGGCACCCUGGCCGCCACGCUGGAGUGUGUGGUGCUGCUGCUGGUGCUCUGGGAGAAGGACAAGGCGGGCAACGACAACCGGGACAUGCCCCGCAAGACGGGUGCUCCAUUGCUGCGCAUUCUGCAGCGUUACCAGCGGAUUGGACACACCUCCUCCAAGGCUGGCGGCUUGCCCCAUGGCGGCGAAUCGUUGUCCUUGCCGGUGGUGAGCGCCACCGAGACCUUUCUGCGCUUCCUCAUGCUGCCCAAGAGCAGUGCGGCCAUUGUGGAUCUGCGUCGUGCGGCCGUUGUCAUCAUCUCACACUUGGAUCGUCUUGUGCAGCCGCUGAUGCCGCGCUGCCUCGUGCGCGGACACUAUCCCAUCCACACUGGCAAUGCCACUGCCACUGCCACUGCCAGCAGCAGCAGCUCAUCCCUGCCCCAGCAGCGUGUGUAUGCUCUGGGCUGGCCCAGCCUGUCCAAGGAGCAGCAGGGCUUCAAUGCGGAGCCAGCACUGAGCUGGAGCAGCGAUCCAGCAGCCCUGCCGUUGCUCAACUGCAAGUUUCAGGUGCAGCAAAUCGUCUGCAGCGAGAGCAUUGUCCUCAUGCUCAGCGAGGAGGGGAAGCUGUACAGCUGGCGCAUGUUCAAGCCCGAAACGGAGCCCCAGCUGCUGGAGGAGAUUGCGCACGAGACAAUUGUCAGCAUUGCCUCACACUGCGAGGGUCGUCACUUCAUGGCCAUUGACAUUAAUCGCAACGCUUACUCGUGGGGCAAUGGCGAGGAUCAUCGCUUGGGACAUGGCGACACACACGCUCGGGCUGUGCCCACGAAAAUCACAACUUUGGAUCGUUGCGUGAAGGCUGUGUUCUGCGGCUGCUCCUACAGUGCAGCCAUUACGUGCAGCGGCAACCUGUACACCUGGGGCAGGGGCACGUACGCGCGGCUGGGGCAUGGCAACUCGGAUGACCAGCCGCUGCCCACCGUCGUGAUGGCCCUCACCGAACACGAGAUCAUCGAUGUGGCCCUGGGCAGUGGCGAUGCUCAUUCCUUGUGCCUCACCUCCGAGGGUCAUGUGUAUGCGUGGGGCGAUGCCGACUAUGGCAAGCUGGGCAAUGGCAAUCUCAAUGGCUCCAUGUCACCGGUGCUGGUCGAAGCGUUGCCCAAAGUUCAACGCGUCUUUGCGGGCGCUCAAUUCUCGUUGGCCCUCACCACCGAUGGGCAGCUGUAUAGCUGGGGCAAGGCCAGCUGUCUGGGCCAUCAGUUGGUGGAGCGGAGUGCCCAAUGGUGCAGUGUACCCAGACUGAUAAACGGUUUGCAGCACAAACGAAUUGUCGAUGUGGCUGUGGGCGUGGCCCAUUGCCUGGCCCUCUCCAGCUGCGGCGAGGUGUUCGGCUGGGGACGCAACGACAGCCAGCAGAUAUGUCCCUCCGCCGUGUCCAGUGAGCCGCUGCUGCGGGUCCCCAUUCUGGUGGCGCUGCCAACGCUGCCGGCCAGCGGUGUGGCGUGCACCGCCUCCCAGAGCCUGAUCUGGACACAGAGCACACGGCAGGGUGUGCCGCUGCGCUCUCCGUUUGUCAUUGAUCCCGGGGAGCCGACAUUCCGGCUGCUCGAUCAGCUGCUGGGGAUGUGCAGCAGCCAGGACAAUCGGCAGACGCCCAACCAGGAGUCCGAGUGCAUUGCCGUUGCCUGUCUCAAUCUGGUGCGGCUGCAGCUGCUCGCGCUGAUCACCAAUGGCGUGGAGCCGCGCCACGUGGGUCUGGCCAGCGGCGGACGGCUGCUGGGCAGCCUCAAGAGCCGCAUCCUCAGCCUGGCGGGCGGCAGUCAGGUGCUGCGCACCAUCCAAGUGGCCGCCCAACAGGCCCUGCAGGAUGGCUGGAGCGUGCUGCUGCCAACAGCUGCGGAACGCGCCCAGACCCUGACGUCGCUGCUGCCCUCGGAGCCGGGACAGGCCUCCUCCUCGGGCCACCGCUUCAUGACCGACCUGCUGGUGAGCUCCCUGAUGGCCGAGGGCGGUCUGGAGUCCGCCCUGCAGCAUGCCAUUCGCCUCGAGAGCAGCUCCUGUGCGGCCGAGUGCGUGGACGGCGUCAAUCUGCCGCUGAUGCAGCUGAUCACGCGGCUGCUGGGCAACAAUGCGGCCCUCACGCAGACCCGCUUCACGCCCACGUUGGGCAAGCAGGCGCAGCAUCUGCUGCUGCAGCAGCAGCAGCAGGAGAAGGAGCAGCUGGAGCAUCAGCGUGGCGCCCAGGAGCCUAGCACCAGUCCCAGCCUGAGCUUGCUGCAUCGCUUUCAGCGUCUGCUGCUGGCGCACAUCCAUCAGGCCGCCGCCGAGGAGGACACCACGGGCGCUGAGGCGCUGCUCGAUCAGUAUCUGCACAGCCUGGUGCCCGCCUGCGUGUCCACGCUGCAGCAGGCCCACGAGCUGGCGCUGCAGUGCCGCGAUCCGGGUGACCAUCCCCAGCCCAGCCAGCAGGCGCGCCACCUGACGCGCAUCCUGCAGGCGGACAUCUCGGACGCGCUGCUGCACGAGCUGCUGGUGGGUCUGGUGCUGCUCAAGCGGGAUCGGCCCCAGUGCCUGGGCAGUCUGCGCUGGUCGCGGCUCUUUCUGCCGCUGCUCCGCAUUCUGGAUCGACUCAAUCGAGCCCUGGGCGAGGGCGAACUGCGCGAUGGCGACGACAUGGGCUGGCCCGGCAUCAUCUGCAGGGGUGGACCCAAGGGCGGACCCCCGCCCGCUGAUUCCGAAACGCAUUACGUGCGACGCGCGGACAUGGAGAACCAACUGCUCGACAGCAGUCGCUGCAUCAUCCUCGCCGGCUACGUAUGUGAUCUGAGCGGCUACAACUGCGAAUCGGAGUCGCUGAAGGCACUGCUGGAUGCGGGUCUGGGCAAGGAUCUGACAGCUGAAAUGAGCAGCCAGCAGGCGCACAGAACUGCCAUGGAGCACAUACUGCAGCAUCACAAGCUGGGCAAGUACAUGGCCCAAGCCACCAUCGAGGAGAAGACCGCUUCGCCCAGUCCCACGCGCCUCACGCACUUCAGCUCAGAGUGCACGCUCGCCCAGCUGCUGGGCAUUGUGGCGAAUCUGAUGUGCAGCGGUCCCGCGUUGCAGCCGGCGGAGUUGCAGUGCCGACAGCUGGACAAGAGCACGCUGCUGAGUGGCGGACUGCAGCUGUUCCAGCCCAGCAAUCCCUUCGACGAGGAGAAGGGCGAGGCGCGCAGCAGCCUACCAAACAGUUGCCACAGCACGGCGGGCAAUACGCCCACGGAGCAGCCGCCACCAGCGCUGCAGCAACAGUGCCUCUUGCCACUUCAGCCACCACCGCUGACACAGCAGCAGCAGCAGCCAGGGGUUAGAUCGCAGCUGCAGCAGCGUGCCGACAGCUUCAUAAGUGGGCUGGCGGAGGCGAGGCUGACGGAGCCACCGGUGGCCGCCUGGCUGGCACUCACCGAGCGCUACUGCAAGGCGCACAAUUUGAUGUGGCACCAGGAGUUUGCCACCGAGCAUCCCGUCCAGGAGCUGGAGCGCCUGCUGAGCGCCGUGCUCAUUCGACAUCAGUAUCUGGGCGGCCUGGUGGUGAUUGCGCUCGAGGAUUGUGCAGCGCAGGAUACUGGUGAGGCGACACCGCCCAAGCAGCUGGGCGAAAUCAUUCAGCUCGUGCACCAGGCCAAGUGGUCGGUGGUGCGCACGCGGCAGCAGCAGAAUCGCAGCUACAAGGAGGUGUGCGCGCCCAUACUGGAGCGUCUGCGCUUCCUCCUCUACGAGGUGCGCCCGGCCAUCAGUCCGCAGCAGCGGGGCCUGCGGCGUCUGCAGAUACUGCAGCGGUUGCCGCGCUUCCGUUUGCUGGUGCGACGCCUGCUGCAGGAGCUGCGCUCAGCGCGGAAGCCGGCCAAGCCGGAGGAUCUGCUGAAUGCCAGCAUACAGCAGCAGCAGGAGAAGAAACCGCCGCCGAAGCAGCAGCAGGAGGAGGAUGAGGAGGAGGAGAGCGAGAGCCUGCUGCGACGCCUCAACGAGCGCAAGAUCCAUGGCGAGGGCCAGCUGGACAAUGUGCUGAUGCAGGACAUUGUGGACUUUGCCCUGCAGGACAGCUGCGACGUGGAGACAGCCCGCCGCGCCAUGUACUGCCAAAUGCAACGCUUCCAGCUGCGUCUCGCCGGCCUACAGCUGGUCCAGCAGCUGCUCGAGCUGCACGGCCUGCUGGACGCGACCCAGUACAGUCUCCUCAACGGCUUUCUCGGACUGCAUCUAAAGUCGUCCGCCUCGACAUCGGGCAGUUCGCUGCAUGUCCUCGGGCAGCUGAAUAUGGUCAGCGCGUACCAGAAGGCUCGAUUGCUGCUCUCGCAGGCGCGCGUCCUGGACUGGGCUGUGCGCGAGCUGCGGCGUCUGGUCAACCAGGAGCAGCAGGGUGCACCGCGCGGCAAGGACAGCUCCAACCUGAGCACCUACGUGCUGCUGAAGCGUUUGCCACGUGCCCGCUUCCUGCUGAGCGUCUUCGGGCUGCUGGCCAAGGAGCUGGGCCCCAACGAGCUCGGGCUGCUGAUCAACUCCGGCCUGCUGGGCACGGUGCUCGGGCUGCUGGCGCAAACCGGCGGCGAGGGCCUGGCCGGGGCACAGCCCAACACCGAGCUGAGCGUCCUCUACGAGGACAGUGUGAUGAAGCAGAAGUCGAGCAAGACGCAGCUGAGUGGCCCCGAUCUGGCCAAACUCAUGAAGAUUGGCACGCGUAUUGUGCGCGGCUCGGACUGGAAGUGGGGCGAUCAGGAUGGCAAUCCCCCCGGCGAGGGACGCAUCAUCAGCGAGGUGGGAGAGGAUGGAUGGGUGCGCGUCGAGUGGUACACGGGCGCCACCAACUCCUAUCGCAUGGGCAAGGAGGGGCAGUACGAUCUGCAGCUGGCGGAUAGCGCCCUGAAUGUUGCCUCGCCCACGGAGCCGGAGCGCGAGGAUGUGGCCGGUGUGGAGGCAGCGCCCAGCAGCGAGUCGCAUCCCUCGAAAUUGUUGCGCCACUGUGCGGCCAAGCUGCUGCAGAUACUGGCCGUUGGCAGCGGCCUACAUGGCGCCCACCUGGACAAGCAUGCCCUGCGCGGCGUCACCUGCAUGUUUCGCGCCAUAAUCGACCCAAAGCCGGCCAUGGAGAACGUCGCCAGCACGCUGGGCUGGCUCAAUCUUGGAUUUAUACGAGCCAUAGCGGGUGACUGUCCGCGUCUGUGUCUGGAGCUGAGCACUCCGGGCUGGCUGGCUCACUAUCUGGAGCUGCUGGAGCAGCCGGCGGGCAGCGAGUCGGGCGUCUAUCGGCAAAUCCAUUGCCUGCGACUGCUGCAGUGCAUUCUGGCGCAGUGGACAACCGAGGAGGAGCCGCGCAUGGCCAGCUUGGUGCGUCAAUUGUUCGCCACACUCGGACGCAUUGCCCUGCACUGUCCCGGCGAUGUGACGCUGCAGCCGACGGCCGAAGGCAAGGCCCGCGUGCUGCUCACCGCCUCCCAUUCGGGCAGCGUGGCCGAGGAGCUCGUCUCGCUGCUGCGUCGCCUGCACACGCUGCCCCACUGGAAUGCGGUCAUCAACUCGUUUCUCGCCCAAAAGCUGUGCGUGGCCGCCGAGCUGCUGGGCGAACAGGGCGAAUCCACCUCGAGCCCGCUGGACAGCGAGCAAAUCUUUGUGCUCGGCGUGCUCAGCGCCAUGGGUGGCUACGAUCUGCGUCCGCGCGUCGGUUUGCAUUGCUUCAACGAAGGCAGCCACAUGAUCAUUGCCAGCUUCACGCACAAAGGCAGAUGCCUCCUGGCAGCCUCCGCCCAGGGUGCCGGUGCCGGCACCAUGGGAUUCGUGAAGGUGCCGCUGCUCUCGGUGAUGCCGCACCUGGACCACAGUGUCUUCAGUCUCAGCCGCCUGCCCAUGAACGAGAUGCUGCUGAAUGCCUGGACCGUGCUGCUCUAUGGCCCCGCCACGGAGGCGCGCGAGUGUCCGCCUGCCAUGAAUGCCUCCACCGAGGGCAGACUAGAUCUGGGCCACUUGAGGGCGCAACAGCUGCAGCUGGCCGUCCUGCACACGAACAGCGUGCUGUAUCGCCACCAGGCGGCACUGCGGCGCAUCCUCAAGCAGCGGGCGCCAGGCAUCUACGCGGACGAUGUGGAAACGGACACGGACAGAGAGCGCGACCGCGAACGCGAACGCGACAGAGAGGCGGAUGUGGAGGAUGGCAGCAACGAACGCGAGCAGCAGGACCAUGCCGAGGAGGAGGAACACUCGGAGCAGGAGCAGGAGCUGCUGCAGCAGCAGCAACAGUCCGUGGCAGAGACGAGCGCCAGGGGUGGGCAGGAGGCGCAACUCUUGAUCCAAUGCAUCCUGCUGAGAGCCACACAAGCGUCGCCGGUGCGUGCCUGCUACAGCUACACGGAUCUAUCGACGGCUGCACUCAACUGUGUCCAGUCGCUGGCCAGCCAGGCGCACCUCGAGCUCAGCGAGUGCGAGGCCGAUGGCCUGGCAGCCACGCCCGCCCUGGCCACACCGCCACAGCCCACAAUGGUGCACGGUGUGCCGGUCUACAAUGUGUUCAAGCUACCAGCAGCAGCGGCUACAGCAGGCACGGCCACGGGCACGGGCAAGGAAGUGGCCACCAAGUGGCCCUCACGGGUGGCAGCCACCGAUGCGGAGCUGAUCAAUCAAAUCAUGGACAUGGGCUUCCCCAAGCGAACGGUGGAGCUGGCCCUGAAGCAGCUGUCGCUGCAGGCGGAGAUAAUGCCAACGCCCGAGCAGAUUGUUCAGUGGAUACUCGAGCAUCCGGAUGUGUGCGCCAAUACCAUUGAGGAGGAUCCACUGCCGUUGGCCAGUGGCACAACGCACGAUCCCGAGGCCGAUUCGGACAAUGAGUCUCAGGGCAGCAGCUUGUCCAGCAGCAGCUCAUCGGGCAAGUCCUCCGCCUCCUCGGACACCGUUGAGGGACAGCCAGGAGCUGGGGGAAGCAGAGCUGCUGCUGCUGCUGCUGCUGCCGCUGCCGUUGCCGUGGCCGCUGCAGCGCCACAGCCACAGGUGAGAUUUGAGACGCGAAAAGAUUUCCAAACGGCCGAUCAUUAUGCACUCUAUGUGCGCGGUCUGGUGCGUCCCGGGAUGACGGUGCGCUGCUGUCGCGACUUCGAGGAGAUCAAGCAGGGGGACAUGGGCACCGUGCUGAUCGUGGACACCGAGGGACUGCACGAUCUCAACGUCCAAGUGGAUUGGCGCAAUCAUGGCAGCACCUAUUGGGUGUGCUUCGUGCACAUCGAGCUGGUCGAUCCGCCACUGGGCACCAGCUCCACUUCGUUGCUGCGUGAUCCGCUGUCCGCCCAUCUGCAGCUGCUGCCACGUCCACCGCCCAUCGUGGUGGGUGCACGGGUGCGCCCGCGCUGCUCCGCUCGCUACGGCGUCUUCAAUCAGAUGCGACUGGGCAGGACACAGCGACAGGCCGGCGUCGUCACAGCGGUGCGCGGCAAGCAGCUGACGGUGGACUUUCCCGACCAGCCCGCCUGGCAGGGGCACAUCAACGAUGUGGAAAUGGUCGCCCUGCCGCCCACGCCGGCGCCCAUUGCCGCCGAUCUGCAGAGCCAGCCGGCGCCCACGGAUCUCAUCGAGGACUGGUCCCGCUGCAUACGCUCCCUGACGGUCAGCUCGAAUGAGGCGGCGGCCAAGCAUCUGCUCGAUGGCCUCGGCCAGACCUGGCAGAGCUGCUCGAGCGGGCCGUGCCGCCACUGGAUACGCCUGGAGCUGCACGACCGCAUUCUGGUGCACAGUCUGGCGCUGAAGGUCAGUCCGGAGGAUCACUCCCACAUGCCCUCGCUGCUGGAGAUUCGCGUGGGCGAGUGCAUCGACAGCCUGAAGGAGUACACGUGGAUCCCCGUGCCGGCGGGCGCCAGUCGCGUGCUGCUCAUGCAGCAGGUGCCCACGUACUAUCCCUGGAUCGAGAUCGUGGUGAAGCAGUGCCAGAACAAUGGCAUCCAGUGCAAGGUGCACGGCCUGCAGUUUGUCGGGCGACGCCAGAAGCCCGAUCUCCAUCAUAUGCUGGCCAAUGCGCAGUUCCUCGCCUGCGAAUACAAUGGCAUGCAGGCGGAAGGAGCAGCUGCAGCUGGAGCAGCAGCAGCAUCAGCAUCGUCUCUGCAUGGACUGGAUCAUGGCUUGGCGACUGCUCCGGAUCAGGAUCUGCCCUGCACCGUGAUGGUGUGGGGCCUCAACGACAAGGAGCAGCUGGGCGGCCUCAAGGGCUCCAAGGUGAAGGUGCCAACCUUCUCGCAGACCAUCAGCCGCCUUCGUCCCAUACACAUAGCCGGCGGCUCCAAGAGUCUCUUCAUUGUGGGGCAGGAUGGCAAGGUGUAUGCCUGCGGCGAGGGCACCAACGGACGCCUGGGACUCGGCGUGACGCACAACGUGCCGCUGCCGCACCAGCUGCCGGUGCUGCAUCAGUAUGUGGUGAAGAAGGUGGCCGUCCAUUCGGGCGGCAAGCAUGCCCUGGCAUUGACCCUCGACGGCAAAGUGUUCUCGUGGGGCGAGGGCGAGGAUGGCAAGCUGGGACAUGGCAACAGGACGACGCUGGACAAGCCGCGACUCGUCGAGACGCUGCGCUCCAAGAAGAUACGCGACGUGGCCUGCGGCUCAUCGCAUUCGGCGGCCAUCUCCAGCCAGGGCGAGCUCUACACGUGGGGCCUGGGUGAGUACGGACGCUUGGGGCAUGGCGACAAUGCCACACAGCUGAAGCCCAAGCUGGUGGCCGCCCUCACCGGACGACGCGUCAUUCAGGUGGCCUGCGGCAGUCGUGACGCCCAAACGCUGGCCCUCACCGAGGACGGGGCCGUCUUCUCCUGGGGCGAUGGCGACUUCGGCAAGCUGGGACGGGGCGGCAGCGAGGGAUCGGACACGCCGCACGAGAUCGAACGCCUCUCGGGCAUCGGUGUCAUUCAGAUCGAGUGCGGGGCACAAUUCUCGCUGGCAUUGACGCGCGCCGGUGAAGUGUGGACGUGGGGCAAGGGCGACUACUUCCGCCUGGGCCAUGGCGGGGAUCAGCACGUGCGGAAGCCGCAGCCCAUUGGCGGCCUGCGCGGACGUCGCGUCAUCCAUGUGGCCGUAGGCGCUCUCCACUGCCUGGCCGUAACGGACGCCGGACAGGUGUACGCGUGGGGGGACAACGACCACGGGCAGCAGGGCAGCGGCAACACGUUCGUCAACAAGAAGCCCGCCCUUGUCAUUGGCCUCGAUGCUGUGUUCGUGAAUCGCGUGGCCUGCGGCAGCUCGCACUCGAUUGCCUGGGGCCUGCCCAAUGCCAGUCUCGAGGAGGAGAAGCGCGGACCGGUGCCGUUUGGCAGCACACGCGAUCCGCUCGGCGGCAGCAGUCUGGGCAUCUACGAGGCGGAGGUCACCGCUGCUGCUGGCGCCCUCAAGCUGGAGUCGAAGCCGGCCACACUGACCAGCCUCAGCGAAAGCCUGGCCCUGGAGACGCCAGCCGCCAGGCAGGCAGCCUUGGGGCAUGUUCUGCGCGCCAUGAGCAUACUGCAGGCGCGGCAGCUGAUUGUGGCUGCGCUCACCAGCCACAGCAAGGUGAACUACAAGGAGCGCAGCGCGGGAGGAGGAGCGACAGCGCCAGCAGAAGAGGAUCAGUUGAUCAGCAAUGGCAACGCACCCAUGCCGCUGCCAGCCGCCGAACCCAUAGCCCAAGGCGGCGGAGAGGCGCCCGCAGAUGCCACGGAUGCGGCGCUGCAGCUGGAGCACAGUCCCGAUGCCCAAAUGGAAGCGAUUGCCGUGGCAGCUGCCACGUCCACGCUGCCGCCACUCAGCGCUGGACCGUUGAGCGCGUUCCAGAGCCUCACCGGAUCGCUGUCGAUGUCGGGAUCGCUGUCGAGCAGCGCCCUGCCGCCGCAGCACAAACACUCGCGCAUGUCGGCCAGCGCCAUGUCCGUGAUGGCGGCCACCAUGACGCAGCAGGAGGAGAUGCUGGCCCAGAUCAGUCACACACACGGCCUGGAUGACUUUGGCGGCCUGCUGGGCGAGCCGGAGGCCAAGAGUCUCGUGGAGCUGCUCAAGCUGGCUGUCUGCGGUCGCUGCGGACCGCCGAGCACGGCGCAGACGAUAGCCGAGACUCUGAUAUCGCUGGGCGCGGGCAAUGCGGCGAUUAGCUCGAUGCUGAUGGAGACCUGCAUCACGGAGCUGGAGGACCUGUGCACGUCGCGCCACUGCCUGGGCAAGCUGCCGAAGCCGGUGAUGCAGGAGAGCAGCCAUCCAUAUGUGGACAAUGUGAAUGUGACGGGCGCUGUGCGCAUACCGGGCGCCGAGAUGCUGCGCCUCGAAUUCGACAGCCAGUGCAGCACGGAGAAGCGCAACGAUCCGCUGGUCAUCACCGACGCGGCUGGCCGUGUGCUGGCCAUGCGCUCGGGCCGUGAGUUCGCCCACUGGGCGCCCGAGAUACGGGUGCCCGGCGAUGAGCUGCGCUGGAAAUUCACUUCGGACAGCUCCGUGAAUGGCUGGGGCUGGCGCUUCUGGGUGCACGCCAUCAUGCCAGCGGCGACGCUCGGCGAGAGUGGCUCGGAUCGUGCUGUGUUGUCGCAGCCCUCGAUGGCGCUGGUCAUGUCAUUGCUGGACUCACGCCUGGCGCCCACACAGCAGGGCGUGCUCAUACGCCUGGCCUCCGCGCUGGCCGCCUGCUCCCAGCUGGGCGCUUUGACCACCGCUCAGCGCAUUUGGUCGCUGAAGAAGCUGCACGCCGUGCUGCUGCUCGAGCAGGCGCCCAAGCCACAGGACGCCACAUUGGCGGGCAUUCUGCAGCCGCUGAUACCCGAGCUGCUGCGGCAGUACGAGUACGAGGAGCCUCAAGUGCGUGGCGGCAUUCAUCUCAUGCAUUCGGAUUACUUCAAGACGCUGGCAGCUCUCACCUGCGACAUGCAGUUGGAUGCCUCACUGCCAGCAGCAACCUCAACAACAGCAGCUACAUUGGGAGGAGGAGCAGCAGGAGGAUCAGCUACAGUCGGAGCAGCUGCCACGGGGGAUGGCCACAAGUGGGCCUGGUUCAAGCGCUACUGCAUCGCAGUGCGUGUGGCCCAAUCGCUGAUACGCCGCACGGAGCUGCCACGUCCCUUCUGCCUGGAGGUGCGCAAGAAGUUUGCCGAGAUGCUGCCCAAUCCGAGUGCCAGCCAAUCGUCUCACUCGCCGCUCGCCUCCAUGCUCAACUCGACCACGUCGCUGUCCUCGAGCACGGCCAGCAAUGCGACACCGCCGCCGCCGCCCCUGCUGGCGGAGCAACAGGAGCAGCUCUCGCUGUCGCAUCACUGCCCAUACCAGCAUCAGCAGCAGCAGCAGCAGCAACACUCGGAGGCGUCUGCGCUGGUGCUGCUGCACGAGGAUCACACGCUGUUCCAGGCACCACACGAUGCCCAGCUGCUGCAGUGGCUCAAUCGCAGGCCCGAUGAUUGGGCCUUGAGCUGGGGCGGAGCGAGCACCAUUUACGGCUGGGGCCACAACCAUCGGGGCCAGCUGGGCGGACUGGAGGGCAGCCGCAUCAAGACGCCAACGCCCUGCGAGGCGCUCAGCCUGCUACGGCCCGUGCAGCUGGCCGGCGGAGAGCAGUCCCUGUUCGCCGUCACGCCCGACGGGAAGCUCUUCGCCACCGGCUACGGCUCCGGCGGCAGGCUGGGCGUGGGCGGCGCCGACAGCUGGGCCAUACCCACGCUCCUCGGCUCCCUGCAGCAUGUGUUCGUCAAGAAGGUGGCCGUCAAUUCGGGCGGCAAGCACUGCCUCGCCCUCACCACCGAGGGCGAGGUGUACGCCUGGGGCGAGGGCGAGGACGGCAAGCUGGGACACGGCAAUCGCAUGAGCUACGACAGGCCGAAGCUCGUGGAGCACUUGAAUGGCAUGAAUGUGGCGGACAUUGCCUGUGGCAGCGCCCAUUCGGCUGCCAUCACCGCCAGCGGACAUGUGCUCACUUGGGGCAAGGGACGCUACGGACGGCUCGGGCAUGGAGACUCUGAGGAUCAGCUGCGACCGCAGCUGGUGGAGGCGCUGCUCGGCUAUCGGGCCAUUGACAUUGCCUGCGGCUCCGGCGACGCGCAGACGCUGUGCAUCACGGACGACGACAACGUGUGGAGCUGGGGCGACGGCGACUACGGCAAGCUGGGACGCGGCGGCAGCGAUGGCUGCAAGCUGCCCUACAAGAUCGAGAGCCUGGCAGGGCUGGGCGUCAUCAAGGUGGAGUGCGGCUCACAGUUUUCGGUGGCGCUGACCAAAUCGGGCGCCGUCUAUACGUGGGGCAAGGGCGACUUCCAUCGGUUGGGCCACGGCUCCGUGGAUCAUGUGCGGAGGCCCAAGAAGGUGGCCGCGCUGCAGGGCAAGAAGAUCAUCUCGAUAGCCACUGGCUCGCUGCACUGCGUCGCCUGCAGCGACUCCGGCGAGGUCUACACGUGGGGCGACAACGAUGAGGGCCAGCUGGGCGAUGGCACCGUCACCGCCAUCCAGCGGCCGCGCCUCGUGGCCGCCCUGCAGGGCAAACACAUUGUGAAGGUCACCUGCGGCUCGGCGCACACCCUGGCCCUGUCCACGUCGCAGCUGAGCGAGCGGCUGCGUCCGCUGCCCAACCCACCGCUGGAGUACGAUCUGGUGAGGGAUCUGGCGCCCGAGGCGCUCCACGCUCGCCUCAUCCUGCUGCACCACUUCUCGGAGCUGCUCUGCCCCUGCCUGGCCAUGCUGCCCAUCGCCGGCGACCUCAGCCUGGGCGCCCUCAAGGACGUGCUCGUGUACAACAUCAAGGAGGCCGCCUUCCGCAAGGUCAUCCAGACGACAAUGGUGCGGGACAAGCAGCACGGCCCCGUCAUCGAGCUGAAUCGCAUUCAGGUGAAGCGCUCGCGCAGCCGCUGCAACGGCCUUGCCGGUAUCGAUGGCAUGAAGAGCGUCUUCGGCCAGAUGGUCCAGAAGCUGCCGCUGCUCACCCAGGAGGCGCUCGCCCUGCCCCAUCGCGUGUGGAAGGUGAAGUUUGUGGGCGAGAGCGUCGACGACUGUGGCGGCGGCUACAGCGAGUCCAUUGCCGAAAUGUGCGACGAGCUGCAGAAUGGCAGCGUCCCGCUGCUGAUCAACACGCCCAAUGGCCGUGGCGAGGCGGGUGCCAAUCGCGACUGCUUCCUGCUGGAUCCCACACUCGGCUCCGUCCUGCAAAUGAACAUGUUCCGCUUCCUGGGCGUACUCAUGGGCAUUGCCGUGCGCACAGGCUCACCGCUGAGCAUCAACCUGGCGGAACCCGUUUGGCGACAGCUGACGGGCGAGGUGCUGCGUCCACCGGAUCUCACCGAGGUGGACCGUGACUAUGUGGCCGGUCUGCUGUGCAUACGGAACAUGGACGAUGACGCCAAGCUGUUCAACACCUUAGAGCUGCCCUUCUCCACGUCAUCGGCGCGUGGGCACGAGGUGCCGCUGUCCACCAGAUACACGCACAUCUCGCCACGGAAUCGGGCCGAGUAUGUCCGACUGGCGCUCAGCUUUCGGCUGCACGAGUUCGAUGAGCAGGUGAAGGCGGUGCGGGAUGGCAUGUCCAAGGUGAUACCAGUGCCACUUUUAUCGCUGUUCUCGGCCGCCGAGCUGCAGGCCAUGGUCUGUGGCUCGCCCGACAUACCGCUCGGACUGCUCAAGUCGGUGGCCACCUACAAGGGCUUCGAUCCGGGCUCAGCAUUGGUCUCCUGGUUCUGGGAGGUCAUGGAAGAGUUUACCAAUCAGGAGCGCUCGCUGUUCCUGCGCUUUGUGUGGGGAAGAACGCGACUGCCGCGCACCAUUGCCGAUUUCCGUGGACGUGACUUUGUGCUGCAAGUGCUCGAAAAGAAUCCGCCCGAUCAUUUCCUGCCCGAGAGCUAUACAUGCUUCUUUUUGCUUAAGAUGCCGCGUUACUCCUGCAAGGCGGUGCUGCUGGAGAAGCUCAAGUAUGCCAUACACUUUUGCAAGAGCAUCGAUACGGAUGAGUAUGCGCGCGUGGCCAUGGGCGAACCCACCGAGGCGACUGGCAGCGAGGACAACAGCGACCUGGAGUCGGUUGCCAGCCACGAUGGCUAAACGCGUAACACAGUAUACAUAGAUGGAUCCAACACUCCACUCCACACUCAUUCCUUUUCGGAUAUUAUUAGGAAUUACACUGAAAAUAUAGUUAUAGAAUAUAGAAGAAAAAAAAAAGAAGCCUUCAAAAGAUACACAACGCAUAACACACACACACACACACACACAUAUAUAUAUAGUAUAUACAUCUAUAUAGUAUAUAGAUUAUAUAUUUAUUUUAAAAUUAGCACAUGCCACAGAGCAAGACCGCUAUAUAGAGACAGCAAAUGUAAGCGAAAGAGAGAACGAUAGAGGAAGCGAUGAAAUGAAAAUGAAUUGAUUGAUCGUUUGAGAAGCGUUAAUGAAACCAAAAAGCUAAGCGUUAAAAUGUUAUUUGCAUAUUUAAAAAUAUUACCACACCACUAAGACAUUAUAAAUCGAAAUAUUAAUGUUAGUUCAA